AGAUUCUAAUGUCACCACAACUGUCAUGUUAAGAAAAUUUACUGCUGAGAAAAAGUUUUUCUUCUUUGGGGCGAUAAAAAAGCCAUAAUUAUUGUGAACAAAUCCAUAUAAAAUCUAAAGAAUAUUGCGAAUAAUUAAUCACAUUUCUAAGAUAAAAGUGUAAACUAAAGUUAAGAGUAAAAAACAACAAUAACAAACAUGUUUUAAAUUGAGAAUAUCGGUAAAAAAAUCGUGCAAGGGUACGUAAUAAAUAAAAAAGAGGAGGUGGGUGAAUCACCAUUUGCACCUCUAUAUCCUCUAAAAGAGUUGCAAAAAAGUUUUUUGUGACUAUUGAAUAAUCAAAAAGAACAACUAAAAAGGAUAUUAACCCAAUACUAAAGGGAAAUGUUUAAGAAACCACAAAAUAUGUAUCAAAGUGCUUGCAAUGCAGCGACGACCGGGUCUUGUGCCCCCAACACAGAGGCAGAGCGUGAGGCCGAACGGCUGGGUGCCUUAAUGGCUCAACAGCCACCAAGUGCACCCAUUGAACCUGACUACAGUGGUUUUGAUAUUGUCAAAGCCACUCAGUAUGGUGCUACAGCCAGAGUUAAGGAAUUAGUGGAAUCCGGUUGGGAUGUUAAUCAGCCGGACAGUGAAACGGUUACAUUAUUGCAUUGGGCUGCCAUCAAUAAUCGCCGUGAUAUAAUUAAGUAUUUUUUGGAAAAAGGGGCUGUAGUUGAUGCAUUGGGUGGUGAACUUAAUGCAACACCUCUGCAUUGGGCCACAAGACAAGGUCAUUUAGGUGCUGUUGUCCUCCUAAUGGCAGCUGGUGCCGAUCCUCGUAUACGCGAUGCGGAGGGUUGUUCGUGCAUACACAUUGCAGCACAAUUUGCACACACCGCUCUGGUGGCGUAUUUUAUAGCGAAGGGUGUUGAUCCGGAUUUACAGGAUCGUGGUGGUAUGACGGCAUUAAUGUGGGCCGCAUGGAAGGUUUGUGCUCUUGAUCCCGUACGUUUGCUACUAACUCUCGGUGCAAAUCCUGCCAUGGUUGAUUAUACACAUGGCAAUACCGCCUUACACUGGGCCAUUUUGGCACGUAAUGCCACAGCGAUUAAUACUUUAGUUCUUAAAUCCAAAGCUUCCUUAGAUGUACCAAAUUUACGUGGAGAAACACCACUAACAAUGCUUGAGUCACAAUCGGGUGCCGUCUGGAUAAGUGCAAAAGUAAUGGAACGUAUUAAGGAUGCUGCAUUGUCGUCACAACAAAGAAGAUCUCUACUGACUCGGGUCAAACAUGAUAAACGUUUGCGUUGGUGGUCGAUGGUAGCAUGUCCCUUUACUGCCUUCUAUUUGGCUGGAGUUAUUUUCACUCUAAACACAUUGUACAUUAUAAAAUUCUUUUUAAUGGGUUGUCUCUAUGCGGUAUUUCAUACUUUAGGAAAAGCACUGUUCGAUGAUCAUUUAAUGGCUCUGCUGCCAUUGAGUGUGUAUUGUGCUACGAAAGCCUGGUUUUAUAUAACCUGGUUUGUGUAUAUUGUCGAUGCAGUAUCUUUUGGAACCACAGUGCUGUUUUUAAUAUGUUCGGGUGGUUUGUGGUUAUGUUUUCUGAAAUCUUGGAAAGGUGAUCCCGGCAUAAUACAACCAACACAGGAACAAAGAUUCAAGACCAUUGUGGAAUUGUCGGAACGUGGUGGCAUUGGUUUUGAACCCUCUUCAUUCUGUUCGGGUUGUUUAGUUAGACGUCCUAUACGUUCUAAACAUUGCAGUGUUUGCGAUCGUUGUGUGGCACGUUUUGAUCAUCAUUGCCCCUGGGUUGGCAAUUGUAUUGGCUUAAAGAAUCAUACCUAUUUUAUGGGUUUCCUGUGGAUGCUGUUGGUUAUGUGCGGUUGGAUGAUAUAUGGUGGCUCUUUUUAUUAUAUGAAUAGUUGUAAUGUACAUUUUGAUGGUGAGUGA